AUGUCUGGAAAACCCCUGGUCGGGCGCGGGCGCGGAGGGCGCCGUGUGAAUAUCGCGCGGCGGCCGGACAAAGGUUUCUGUCGCCCGAGGCGUGGUGCGAGUGCGGGACGCGAUGCGCGCGGUCAGCGGCGGUGCGUGGCGUGGAGUGAGGCUCGCGCGCCGGCCCCGCCGCCGCCUGAUAAGCCUGGCGCGACGCCCCCCGGCGACGCCUACGCCCCACUCGGCGCCGGAGCGGUGCGGCGCGCACCACCGGCCGCCCCUCGGCAACGGCGCCGCCAGACGGGCCCCCGCGCAUCGUGCACCGCGCCCACGCUGCUUUCGCAACUGCACCGCCACCCGCCGGCCACUUUCGACGGCGAGGAGAGACGCGAAUUCGCCCCGGUUUCGCAACAGCGCCCAGGUGCCGCCGGGAACAAUGGCCGUGCAUGCAGCCUUUUCGGCUGCCGCCUUUGGGCAAUCGGGUCGGGC